AUGAUCAGCACACAUGAAAAUUGCAACGGUUUGGUGUGUUUGUCUGAUGAUUUGUUUGGGUACACCGAUACUGUAAUUCUGUGGAACCCGUCGAUUAGGCAGGCCUUUACCCUUCCGGUUCCUCGCUUCACUUGCGAUCCCCUUCACCGCCAUAUGUUUGCUAUAGGGUUCGGGGUCGAUCCCAAUACUAACGAUCAUAAAGUUGUGAGGAUGAAUUAUCUUCACGGCGGUGAAGGGUACAUGGUUCCUCUUGAGGUUGAGGUUUUCUCGCUUUGCUCGGGUAGUUGGAGAGGCAUUGAGACCAGCUCUCCAUAUUGUGUGCCUGAACGAUUCUGGUCGCAGGCUUUGAUCAAUGGGGUGGUUCAUUGGGUCGCAUAUCAUUUGACUAAGAAGAAUGGUUUUGUAGCUAUUUGCAGUUUGGUUAUGUCGUUCGAUAUGGGUAGUGAGGAAUUCGGUGAAUUGAAUCUCCCAGGAAGUUUAGUCAAUGAGUGUCCUGAGGAAAUGUCUACUGCGGUAUUUGGGGGAUCGCUUACUAUCGUCUGGCUUGAUGGGUAUGGAUGUCGUUGUUCGGUUUGGGUGAUGAAUGAAUAUGGCGUUGCGGAGUCUUGGACUAAUCAGUUCAAUAUUGGAGGAUUAGGCUUGGCACUGGGUCUUAGGAGAAAUGGUGAAAUACUAUUGGCGACCACAAGAGGAGAGCUAGUCUCGCACAACUAUGGGACCAGAAGACAUUGGAAUAUUGGAAAGUGUGGUUCUAAGAGCAUCCACAGUGACUCGUUUCAUGUGGAUAGCUAUACGGAGAGCCUCAUUUUGCUGACAGAAGUUAACAAAGCACGAGAAAGGGGACCAAGAAUGUUACGAUCUGCAUCUUGGUCGUCCGAAGAGGAUUUGGGAUGGAAGGACGACGCCGAGGACACUGCAGUUGAAAAGAAUGAGGGUUGGAUGCAGCCAGGGACCGUUCAGUUGCUUAUAGCACUAACCUUGCUUUGUUGGCCAGCUUUUGUUCCCCCUUUGUCAGAAAACCUGUCUCGGCUGUGCUACCGGAGGCUCUGUCAGGACAUCACAGCUGCAGUUAUUUGUACAGAGCGUAGCUGCGUAAUGGAAGUUAUAGCAUCACAUGGGAGUCCUGAAACCAUGCUUUUACCCUUCCUCCUUGUCAAACACAUUCUCUGUUUCCUUUUCUUUUUGGGCAACCAGGAACUUGUCCAAGGCAAGGUCACUUUGGAUCCAUCCAUGUAUGGCGGACUCCGAAUACUUGCAACUACAGACAAGUUAGGACUUAGGAAUAUCAGAAGGCUGCAAUUGCGUUUGAUUUUUUCCGAAAAGCUUGCUUCUGGGUUUACUCAUGGAUUAUCUGCUUAA